AUGGCGAGAGGAAUUGUGGACGUACAAUUGUGGACGUACAAUUGUGGACGUACAAUUGAAAUUCCAAUGGAGAACUUAUAUAAAACAUAUCGGGUUUGUGGAAAUCAUUUUGACUCCACUAUGUUUCUAAAUGAUUUGAAGAAUCGCCUCCAACCACAUGCAAUUCCAAAAGAAAUACAUCUAGAAAGAAAUACAAUAGAAAAUGAUCUGUCAAUGACGCAUGACUCUGUAUUAAUUUGUACUGAUCACAUAUCUUUCUCAUGUAAUGAUCAGGAUGCAAAUAUGGAUCAAAACAGACAAAAGGAUCAGGAAGUACAAUGUAGACAACCAUUAGUUAUAAAAGAUAAAAAGAUACAAACAAAUCGCAUAAUAUGUACCAAUUCACCACGAAAAAAGAAACUGAAAAAGAAAAUCUAUGCGCUACAAAAACAAUUACAGAAAAUGAAGAAGCAAUUAAUGCAACAGAAAGGAAAUUGUACAAAGGAUAUUAAGAAAUUGUCUGUACUAGAAUAUUGUGAUGUGACAGAUCAAAUAUUACCACCAUCUAUUGCGUCUUUUGUAAAAGUACAAGUACAUCUAACCCAACAAUCGCCGAAAGUUGCCGAUUAUGAGAAAAUGUUAUCGUAGUAAGAAGAAAAGUGGUAACCACCCAGGCAGCAAGCCGUC